AUGUCAGUCGUCUGGCCCAAAGUUAUCCGAUCCCAGAGCGCCAUUCAGCUGGCGAUCCGGGGAGCCGUGCCAGCGGCUCAACGUGGAUUCCACGUUUCUCGUUCGGUCCGGGUGUCCGCUACCGGCCCCACCCCGGAUCCCCUGGAUACACAGCGAAACAAUCGAAACUUGGCGAUCGGUGCUGGCGUCGUGGGACUCGGCGUCGUGUGGUUCUACAUGUCGGGAAAGCCCAAGGCCAAGGAUGUGCCGCCAGUCGCGUAA